AUGUGGGUUUUCCGUCGAGUUGUCUUCGAGAGUCUCAUCGAUACCAUGCUAUUUCCCAAGGCAUAUUCUAGCUCGCAUCUGGCCAAUAUGCAGCUUCAAUAUUCGUUCCGGCGAAUCCAGCGAUUCACUUCAGAGUACUCUACCUCCGUCUUUACACAAUAUGAGUCUGAGAGGACUGGGAUGAGGGUGGUCACUAUUGACCAGAAGGGACCAGAGGUUCAGGGGCACUUUGUACUUGCUACAGAAAUUCACGAUGACUCUGGAGCACCCCACACGCUGGAGCAUCUGUGCUUUAUGGGCUCCAGAAAUUAUCAAUACCCAACUUUCCUUCGCAAGCUUUCAGAAAGAGCAUAUUCGGGGAUAAAUGCCUGGACGUCAACAGACCAUACUGCUUACACCCUAGACACCGCCGGAUGGGAAAGUUUUGCUCUGGUACUACCUGUGUACUUGGAACAUGUCAUUGCUCCGACGUUGACUGACGCGAGUUGUUAUACGGAGGUUUAUCAUGUGGAUGGCACCGGUCACGAUGCAGGAGUUGUAUAUUCCGAAAUGCAAGGGCUUCAGAACGAUGCUUCGAGCCUGAUUGAUUUCCGAUCCCGCCGGUUACUCUAUCCCGAAGGGGUGGGCUUUCGAUACGAGACUGGUGGUAUGAUGGAGCAACUUCGAGUCCUUUCUCCAGAGAGAAUAAGAGAGUUUCACCGAGAAAUGUAUCAACCAAGGAAUUUGUGCCUUGUUAUCACAGGAGAGAUUGAUCAUGAGAAUCUCCUUACGGUGCUUGAUAAAUUUGAAGACACUAUUCUAGACAUUAUCCCAAGCCUAGAUACCCCUUUUAAACGGCCAUGGGUAGACUCGCCACAGGUUCCACCUCUUGAAAGAUCUACGAUCGAGAGAGUCGAGUUCCCAGAGGAGGAUGAGUCAUAUGGCGAGGUUGAAAUCCGAUUCUUAGGCCCUGAUUAUAGAGACCGGGUUCAAGCUGGAGCAUUGAACGUCGUCUUGCUCUAUCUUUCGGGUUCAUCUGCCUCUCUUCUGGACAACAUCCUUGUCGAAAAAGAACAGGUCGUAUCAGCGAUAUACUACAGUAUAGAGGAUGGACCUUGUACUGAGCUAAGUUUUACUCUCUCUGGUGUAGCUACGGAACAGCUAGAAGUAGUUGAACGCCGGUUCUUCGAGCUCCUUCAGGACGCAAUGAAACAAGAAAUAGACCUAAAAUAUAUGCAGGAGUGCAUUCACCGUCACCAGCGGACCUGGAAAUUUGCUAUCGAGAACUCGCCUACCCCUUUUGCUAAAUUAGUGAUAACCGACUUCCUCUUUGGGAAAAGGGAUGGCUCAACACUUCAAACUGUUGGGACAUUAGAGGAAUAUAAAGUACUAGAGAAAUGGACUGAUAUCGAAUGGCGAAAUUUUAUAAGGAAAUGGAUCUCCGAUGCACACCAUGUUUCCAUUUUAGGCGUUCCAUCGGCCAAACUGGCCACAAACCUUACCGAGGACGAGCAGAAACGUAUGGAGCACCGAAAAAAGAAACUGGGGGAGGAAGGCCUGAGGAAUCUUGCAGAAGCCUUAGAAAAGGCUAAGACGGAGAAUGGCAUGGAGGCUCCAAAAGAACUGCUAUCUAGUUUCGUUAUCCCUGGCACGGAUUCGAUCCAUUUCAUCCAAACGACAACAGCCAAAUCCGGCCCUGCUUUGAAGUUGGGGCGCCCAGACAAUGACAUCCAGCAACUAAUAGAUUCUAAUGGACCAGAGCUGCCGCUGUUCAUCCAUUUUGAGCACAUUCCUAGCAAUUUUGUGCAGUUCACUUUGAUUAUAUCGACAGCGGAUGUCCCGCUUCAAGUGCUACCCUUGCUUCCGGUAUAUAUCGAAGCUUUUUUCAGUCUUCCUAUCGAAAGAAAUGGAAGGACCAUUGCCUUUGAACAAGUCAUAGUAGAACUUGAAAAGGACACCGUUGGCCACUACAUUCAUCCAAGCUACACCAGCCCUGAAUCCCUCUCAAUUACCUUUCAGAUGGAAGUGGACAAGUAUCAAGCGGCCAUAUUAUGGCUUAAGGAGCUAGCGUGGAACUCGGUAUUCAAAGCUGAAAGGUUGGUGGCUAUCGCCACGAAGCUAUUUUCAGGUAUCCCAGAUGAAAAGAGAAGCGGAGAAGACAUGUUAGAUGCUAUCCACCUAAUGGUACAACGAGGGCAGAAUUCGAUAUCUAGGGCUCACACUGCUUUUGUGAAAGCACGAUAUUUAAAGCGUGUCAAGAAACUAUUGACUGACAAACCAGAGGAAAUUAUCUCCCAUAUGGAAGAUAUUAGAAAUGGCCUUUUCCGACCCGAAAAUUUUCGAGUUUUAGUCAUCGCCGAUCUAGAGAAACUGGCUAAUCCCGUUUCCUCUUGGGCUACUUUCGUCGAUGGACUAGACACCUCGAAGCAACUCAAGCCCAUUAUCAAGGUAGCCGAGAGGCUAAGUGAUGCUGGCAAAAAUCCAGGGAGACAUGCAUAUGUCGUCCCAAUGAAGACCAUCGACUCCUCAUAUGCCGAUACUAGCGCAAAGGGUUUAGACGCCUACGACCACCCAAAAUUACCUGCUUUGUUGGUUGCCAUUGCUUAUAUGAAUUCGAGCGAGGGGCCCCUAUGGGUCGCUAUCCGAGGUCCAGGUUUAGCAUAUGAUGGCUGCCUUAGGAACGAUAUUGAUAGUGGACUUAUACAUUUUAUGCUCUAUCGAUCCCCCAAUGCACACAAAGCAUUUGAAGCAGCAAAGCAAAUCGUUGAAGGUCUUCUGUCAGAAUCUAUCAUGGCUGACUCAGAAAUGGUGCUUGAAAGUGCAGUUAGUAGCAUUGUUAGCCGCUUUGCUGCUGAACAGCACACACAUUAUGAAGCAGCUCAUGACAAUUUUAUUAAAGAAGUGAUUCAUGGUGUGCCAAGUGACUACAAUAAGACUAUAUUAAAGAAGAUCAGAGCAGUUAAUAUGGGACAAGUAAAGGAGGUACUUCGUGAUAUUAUCAUGCCGUUGUUUACUCCAGGCAAAGCAGAUUUAUUUGUGACGUGUGCUCCAGCACUUGAAGAAAACAUCUCCCGUGGGUUCAAAUUAGCUGGGUUUAAACCGGAAACACGGACUUUUCGUGACUUUGAGGAUGACUAUGGGCUGAAGCUUGACGGGGAUGAGAGUGAUAAAGAAGACAACGAUGAUGAAGGCAGCGAGGAAGAGGAGGAGGAGGAGGAAGAAGAUGACGAUGAUGACGAUGACGAGAGAGGCGAAGACAUGAUAUAG